CUUGAAUUGCCUUGCCUAGUUUUUGAUUGUCGAAUGACCUUAUGUAGGCACAUUAUUCAUUCGAACCAAGGGCGCUUGUGAACUCUAUCAGCACGUCCUACAGCAUUUCGCGUCGGUACACGUCGACCACACGGUCCACCCUCUGAACAGCGAAUUCCGCGUAGUGAAUGAGGAGAGGGAUGUCCUUCAACUCACAGAGUUCCAGUAACAAUAAUGCUGAAGUCGUUGACGACAGCUUGUCUUCAAAGGCACCUGAAGAUAUUAUCGGCAAAAUAUCCGAUUUGAUGAAGGAGGUUCUAGUUCCGGCAAAACGUAUUGGAGCCAUAGUUGAACUACACAAGCUGGAGAACAGUAUCCCGGAGUUUGGGCAUGCGCUAUACUCUCGUCCCGCUGUACUUUCUGCAAUACUGCUCAUUGUUGUGCAAAACUAUCCGCAGCUAGCUGUGCCACUUUCCUCUGAGCUAAAAGAAGUAAUAUGUGCUAUUGCUGGUUUACUGCAAAAGAUUGUCCGCGAUCACAUGAUUCGGUCAGAUUUUAUUGCCUCUGGCUCUCUACUCUAUCUCCUACCAUAUAUGGACCUACGCGAAUCCACUCCAGAAGCAGAGGAGAUGCGCCUCAGUUUGCUUAAUUUAUAUUUGACCACCGUGAAUUAUGCGUCUGCAGAAGAUAUAGAGAUGCACCUACUCUAUGUCCCAACGGACUGGGAGACUAAAACAUGGGAUGCUGUAAUUGAUACGAAGUAUAACCUACUAGACAGCGCAAUAACCACCCUGACCAGCUGUAUCUCGAUGGUCGGGAAGCAGAUUGCAGUGAACUUGUGUUAUCGUCUUCUCACGGACAAAGUGAUUGCAAGACUCUCAGAGGACACCCAUCGUUGCACUUCAUUGCUAUCGAGUCUCAAAGGUAUUGUGUGUCACGUGGUGCAGACACUCUACGUUGCUCGUUCUCAGUGCACGGCUUCAGGCAAGUAUCACAAAGCCGAAAUGGUGAAUUGGGUACGAGAGAAUUCCAGCUUGGACGGGGCCAGGCGGUUACUAUGUCUGGUGUUGAAGUGUUACCACCGAAUCGCUGAUGAUGAGCGUAUGAGGUACUCGCUGACUGCCUGUCUGCCAGAUGAACUGAAGGUCUAUAUACCUUGCUUUGGAGACAAAGAAUUGGGCUACUGGUUGAAAACACUGCAGUCACGCCUGGGUUAUACGGUGGAAAAAGCAGGUGCUCGACCUUUGCUCACAGGACACUGACUGAUGAAACAGCAACUGGCAAGGUCCGGUAACAUAUCUACCGACGCUCUCAUAGCAUCUUUUGCCUGAUGUCGAAAAUAAACAUUACUUGAAAGGAACUUAU